CCCGGCGCGUGAGGCACAGACUUCCUUUCGCCCGAGCGUUCACCCGCCGCGGCGCCUGUGCGAGGGAGGAGCGGAGGACACUGUGCACGUUGUUUUUAUUCCGCGAGAGCUGUGCGACGAAGAUGAAGGGGCGCGCAUUUUUUAACCUUUUUUACUUUUGAGAAAUUACUGUUUUCUGUUUAAAAAGUUGCUGUGUCUGUCUCAUCCAAUGAUUUUUCAACUGAAGGACGUAACACCAGUGUCGAAGAUGUGCUCAUUACGGAUUUUUUUGUCGACUGACUGACAGGAAAUGAGUGAUAAGGUUUGCUGAUAAAUUUGUGAAGUACCAGAGUGACAAUAAUAUAUGGGGAACAAACAAGAGUUUUCCACCUGAUAUGGACCGAACAGACUAUUAUACAUUUCACAGAGUUCCCUAACUGCAACGGAGCGUCUAAAUAAGAAAGUAAUCGAAAGAAAGAGAGGGAAAAAAUACAAAUUAGACAAUUGUGGGGCCGUAUCUGUUAUGAACAGACGUUUCGCGUUUGAAGCACGUGAAGGCUGGCACUGACAAAACAAAACGAGAGACGGGCGAAAAAGCAAAUCAAAUAAAGGAAAAGGGAAUUGUCCUGUUAUCCCGCAGCAAGGAGCGCAAGGAAGAACUCAGUGCCAUGCCUUCCUCCCGCAAUCUCUCCGCCACUCCCACCCCGUUCCUGAACCUUCAGAAGACCUUGCAGGACGUCCCUCGCGACCUGCACAACACCCGCGCCGUCCUCGAAGGAUGGGCGGAUCUGACUGUGGCAUGGGCGGAGGAGGAGAGGAACUUCACGGAUGGCGGAGGCGAGAGCGAGACGGCGAGGGCGCGAGCGGCCGCGGAAGGCGCGAGAGCUGAGGCGCCCGGGAUGGUGCAGCCUUUCUUUAACGUCGUGAACGAAACCUUCGUCGAGAAUUCGGAGGAGCCGUACCCGGACGUGCUGGGCCCCAACUACCACCGCCACAUCCGCAUGGGCAUCCUGACGGUGAUGUUCGCCCUGGCCCUCGUCGGCAACUCCAGGGUCAUGUGGGUCCUCCGGCAGAAGUGGAGCAGCAGAGGCCGCAUGACCGUCAUGAGCUUCAACGUGACGCUGGCCGACACGCUGGUGGCGCUCAUCACCAUUCUGGGCCAGCUGAUGUGGGAGAUCCUGGAGAAACACUGGUACCUGGGCAACGGCGCGUGCAAGAUUUACAAAGUCGCUUCCACGUUCGCCAUCACGUCGAGCAACUAUAUGCUUGUUGCCAUGGCGAUCGACAGGCACGAGGCGGUGGUGCGGCCCCUCAACCCUUUCAUCAGUGCCAAAAACCUGGCCCUCGCUGCCUGGGCCGUCAGCCUCCUGCCCUCGCUGCCCAACCUGUUCAUUUUUGCCAAAGCCGAGACGCCCAGCGGAGAUUUCUGUGUCUCCAAGUUCUACACUGAUGACCUUGACAAGCACUUCAGGCAGGUGUUGGUGUAA